AUGGGUCAUCUGGCUUUGGCAAUAUAUAAUUGGUCCUGGCUAGUACAAGGUCGACGAUUUGGUGAUUUGGAAUUGGGAAUUAGCAAGCUUGCUGCUCCUUCUUCCUCUUGUUGUCUCACUGCCCAAUUCUUGAAGAUCAAUUUGCAGGGCAGUCGUUACAGUGUUGAUAGAGUAAGAGCUUCUAUACCAGUUGAAAUCCUUAAUUCAGAUGAUGGAAAGAAAAGGAAAGAGGAUCCUGAUUGGCCUGAAGAUGCUGAUGGAUGGGGGUUUAGUUUGGGUCAAUUCUUCAACAAGAUCACUAUCAAGAAUGUCAAGAAGGAUGAUGGUGAUGAUGAUGAUGAGAAGUAUGAUAGUGAUAAUGAGAUUGAGUGGCAAGAUGAUGAUUAUAUUCAUCCGAUCAAGGAUAUUACCACUGCAGAAUGGGAGGGAACACUAUUCAAAGAUAUCAGCCCCUUGAUUGUGCUAGUUCAUAAUCGGUAUAAAAGGUUUCUGACUAAACUAAGUGUUUCACUUUUCUCUUUGAAUUCAGCGAUACAAACAGCUGAUGAGUUCUCGAAGAUAAUGGCCUACUUCUAUUAUGGAGCAGCCAAGCCACCUUGCCUAGAUAAGAUUGGUGAUGGACAGGAAAUGAUCCCAGCUGUAAAGGUCAGUAACAAUCAGUAA